UCUCUCUCUUUCCUCAUUUAGACGCGAUAAGCCCCUCUCUUAUUUUCUCCCAAUUCCUUGACGGCCGGCUGCGGUGUGCACGCUGCUGAUAACUUCUAUCCCCGCACUACAGACUCAUCAAACCCGUCAAUACUCAAACAAAACGGAGAAGGUUGCAUGUCAGUGAGCACGAUCGCCCUUAGUUUCUUAAGCUGGUCAGGGGACCCGAGAGUAAACUGGGGAGGAGUUCAGAGGCCCAGUGUACGUGUCUUUUUUUAAGUCCAUGAGAAACACAGUCUUGAAAAGGUACACAUCACCAAACGCCACUUUGCAUUGGUAUCACAGAGAAAGACAGGGCACGAGUGCAAGCAUAACAGACAAUGGGAAGCAUCGCUCGGGAAGUGCCGGUAAAUCCGGCUGAAGGUAAUAGCGAGUGUAACUUCAAAACCCUGCCUGAUACUGGUCAUGUGGAUUUGCGAACUUUGAAACGGGAUUAUCACCACAGGGUGUUUGUUAACCGAAGUCUGACUCUGGAAAAAAUCAAAUGCUAUGGAUUUGACAUGGAUUACACAAUAGCAGUGUACAAGUCACCUGAUUAUGAAGAACUUUGCUUUGAGCUGCUUCUAGACCGUCUUGUGUCAAUUGGAUAUCCUCAUGAAAUUCUGGAGUACAAAUAUGACCCCAGUUUUCCAACCAGGGGAUUGGUGUUCGACACUCUCUAUGGGAACCUGCUGAAAGUGGACGCCCAUGGGAACAUCUUGGUGUGCACACAUGGCUUCCGUUUCCUCAAAGGACAAGAGAUUCGGGACUAUUAUCCCAAUAAGUUCAUCCAGAGAGAUAACACGGAUCGAUUCUACAUCCUUAAUACUCUCUUCAACCUCUCAGAAACCUACCUCUAUGCUUGCCUUGUGAACUUCUUCACCAACUGCUCCAGAUAUGUCAACCACUCUAAAGGAUUUAAACAUGGAGAUCUGUUCAUGUCCUUUUGCAGUAUGUUCCAAGAUGUCAGAGAUGCUAUGAACUACCUACAUGACUCUAACAUCUUGAAAGAAAAGACAGCAGAAGACCUGAACCGGUACCUUAUUAAAGAUCCCCGCCUGCCUCUUUUGCUUAGUCGCAUGAAAGAAGUUGCAAAAGUCUUUCUGGCAACCAAUAGUGAUUACUCCUACACAAAUGCCAUUAUGAAUUUCCUGUUUGACCAUCCGGACUCAUCAAAUACUGAUGCUCCCAAAACAUCCUGGAUGUCAUACUUUGAUCUCAUUGUUGUGGAUGCAAGGAAGCCACUGUUUUUUGGGGAAGGUACCGUACUGCGACAGGUAGACACGCAUACUGGGAAACUGCGCAUUGGAAUGUACACCGGGGGUCUGGAACACGGCACAGUGUAUUCUGGAGGCUCUUCAGAUAUUAUUUGUGACCUGCUGGGAAUGAAGGGUAAAGAUAUUUUGUAUGUUGGUGAUCACAUUUUUGGAGACAUCCUCAAAUCUAAGAAACGACAAGGCUGGAAGACUUGCUUAAUAGUUCCUGAACUAGCCAAGGAGCUCCAAGUAUGGGCUGAGAAGAGCAGUGUAUUUGAAGAACUAAAGAAUCUGGACAUUUACUUGGCUGAGCUUUAUAAGCAUCUGGACAGCAGCAGCAGAAACUGUCCAAACAUCAGCAGUAUACAGGACCAAAUAAAGAAAGUGACUCAUGAAAUGGACAUGUGCUAUGGAAAGAUGGGCAGUCUUUUGCGCUGUGGCUCUCGCCAGACAUUGUUUGCCAGCCAGAUCAUGCGAUACGCAGAUUUGUACGCCGCUUCCUGCCUCAAUCUCCUCUACUACCCAUUCAGCUAUCUUUUCCGAGCACCCCCUGUGCUGAUGCCACAUGAGUCUACUGUUGACCACUUCCCUUUGGACUUAACCAUGACUCCAACCGAUCACAUAGUCUGUCUUGCAGCAGAGCAGCAGAACCAAAAUGAACAAGAAAGCAGUGAGGAAGAGAAAUGAGGCCGUGUGCCUUUGGGAAGCACGUCAAGACAAAGACAAAUUGAAAAAAACAACACAAAUGUUAAAAUGACCGGCAAACAGAAAUCCUCCCUCUUCCAAAGAGUCCUACUUUACUUGUCUUUUGGCUUUCUCCUCGGCAUUAUGGAUUGAUGUGGAACACUCAGCUUAUAUUUGAUCACCAAGCAGCUAAGGAAGAUGAAUUUCAGUAUGAAUUUUACUUCUAAAAACAGACAAUUACAAGCUUUUACCACCCAGUCUGCCAUUCUUCUCAAUCAGAAAUGGCGGAAUCUUUAACCCGGUUUACAACAAACAUGUUUCAUUUAUUCUUGGUUAACACAGCUACAGCCUCUCAGGCAAGUUACACUGCAGGUAAGCAGCACGUUUGCCUUGUUAGGACCACUCGUGAUGCCUUCACAGGGGGCUUGCACCCUCUCCAAAUUGGUUUCUGGCUCUGUGUCUCAUAUUGUCAGGAUGGACUCCAGUCCUCUGCGGUCAGUGGAGUUACUAAAUGAAUUGGACUGAUGAACAGAGCGAUAUUUUCCAGAACUUAACAGACUCACUCAUGCAUCUUGAAAAUGCGAUGAAUUGUUAUGCUGGAGAGAGCUCACCGAUUAGAUGACUAAAUUCAAAGCAUUACAAAGCUGAGAUGAACUAACUAGAAAGUCAGUUACACUAACACUUUCACUGUGACUCUAGUUCAGCUGUGCACCUCCAUUACACCUAACAGUUAUUUUAAGCCACGUUCACAAGUGGUGACUUUCAGACUUGUUCAUUAUUUAUUCAGAGCUGUGUUUGUCAGUAGUGAAUCCAUCAAAAACAAGAACUUCAACAUAACAUACUGUACAAAAGUUGCUUUUGUGUUUAGUAAAAAAAUCAAUAGUGUUGCUGCCCCACAGACCCUGGGCUUGAACUUUCAAUGUGGAGUUCAUGCCAGCGUAGGUUUGCUUACUCCAGUUUUCCUCCUUCAGAUACCGAUAACACCUUCUAGGAUUUUGCCCUGUCUUGUGCCCGAUGCUGGCAUGACAGUCUCCAAUACUCCAGGGCCUCAUAAUUAGAAAGGUUUAAAAAUGUACUGACUGAAUGAAUGAUAAUAAAGUGAACACAUUUGUGAAUUAAGAGGGGAAAAAAACUAAUGAAUGAAUAGUUUUAACAAUUUUAGCUUUCUUCGUAAGAACAGUCAAAAUAUUGAGCUCAACUAUCCUUAUAAAGCGUACGUUUAAGGGGUUUAUUUGUUCUAAAGUAAUGUGGUUAACCUUUCACUUACUGAGUUAAACAAACUGGGUUAACAUUUAGGUCGUCACUGUUUAUUGAGAUUAAACCCUAAACCCGGGCAAUGAUGCCCAAAAGAAGAUAUUGAUUAAAUUCCCAAGGCAGAAACAAUUAAACUAAACAAUGAUAAAAUCCAUGAAUGCCUAAAAUUCUUAUGCCCAAUCUUGACAUUCUGCCUUUAGCCCAUUACAGUCUACGUGUUAAGAUUUGGGCUCUUUUGAACAUGGUGCUGUGUUUGUGCGUAUAUCGAAAAUAGAAUCGAAUAACAUAUUAGAAAUACCACGAGAGCACUCCAGUUGGUAAAAACCCUGGUUGUAAAGCACAAUUGGUGCAUGAAAUUAAUCCAACAAAUAAAAAGUGUGUUCAGGUGCACCAUGGAUGGUAAGGAAAGGACAGAAGGAGUUGUUUUAAGAAAAUCUAAGAUUAGAAUACCCAGAAUUAAAGAAAGGAAUCAAAUGAAACUUCAAGUACUGCAGCUAAAGCCAUACUUGUAAAGGGGCCUCUGCUGAGGCAGCUGAAAAGUGCCUGCCUAGACGGUCGGUUGUCUGGCCUUACUUACGUGUGGACUUUUGCGACCUUUUGACUUGGAUCUCUGCUAUGCACGUGUAAAACGAACAGCACAAUGCUCCAAAGUCUACUGUGGGAUAAGCACAGACAGGCUGAGUUGUCUGGAGCCAUUUAUUAUUAUCUGAGGAGUGACAGAUUAGCUGCUUCUGCCUCAUUUUAUGUAUUCAGUUAUCCUAAAGUGCUAACUAAGAUUCUAAAGAAUUUAUAAGUGCAUAGUGAUAUUGGUAUAUUUUUACAAUGUUAAACGUCUACUGCAGUUGUGUGUUUUAUGACUCUUUUCAAAUUAUUUCCUGAUGUUUUUCUUUACCAUUGUAUAUAUUUCUUAAAUCUACUUUUGAAUAACAUGUUUUACCUGGA